AUGAGUAGUUAUCGUGGGGUUACAACCAUAGUACUUGAGGUUGUAGCAUCUUCAGACCUUUGGAUAUGGCAUGCAUUUUUUAGAAUUUCUGGUUCAAAUAACGAUAUCAACGUGUUAGAUCGUUCUCUAGUGUUCGAUGAUAUUCUAAACGAUCGUGCUCCGAAGGCCACAUUUGUCAAAUCAAUCUCAAAGCCACAAGGGGAGAAACGCAAGUUAUUUGCACAAUACCAAAAAGGGCAAAGAAAAGAUGUGGAGCGAGCAUUCGGAGUGUUGCAAGCACGCGUUGCAAUUAUACGUGGUCCAGCUCGUUUUUGGGAAAAGAAGAAGCUUGCCAACAUAAUGAGAGCUUGUAUUAUAUUGCAUAAUAUGAUUGUUGAGGAUGAAAGAGACACUUAUGCAGGAAAUUUUGCUUAA